GCGGCAGGCGGACCGCAGGGAGAAGAAGAGAUUUUAAGGACAGUUACAAAAGUUAAAGAAGAGGAGAAAUCAUGACACAAAACAGUGAACUCAUCGACCGCCUCUCCUCGCCAUUAAACGUGACAUCCCUCAUCAUGGCGAAUGUGUCACCUAUGAAAUAUUGAUUUUUGUCAUCUAACGUUACACCAACUUGAGGAUAUAAUGCCGGGAAACGGAUGAGAACUACUGCAGACGCUUGGAAUCGCAGUCGGGAUUGUUUUCGUGUAUAUAACUAAUAUAUGAGAGGAGGAUUAUAUGACUGCACGAGUGUUUGGGCCGACCCGUUAUAUUUCUCAUCAUAUUUGAGCAUGGGAAUGUCGUCCACCGCUGUGAUCUCAUAGUCCCGUGGGACGUGAUGCAGCCACGCGUAGAUGUCAAGAUGGGUGAUGCCGCAGAGAUCAAGGAGAGCAAGAGGACGUUCAUCGUGCCGACCAUCAAAUCUGUGGAUCACUAUGAUUUCACAAGGGCCAAGAUAUCGUGCAGUUUGACGUGGCUCAUCGCCAAAGCCUUUGGAUCUGCCUUACAUCUGUGGCAUACUGCACAUACCACGACAGAGAGCAUUCGUUCCUGUUACAUCACUGAAGCCUGAGGGGUGCUGCUGGGAGUGUGUGAUGUACACAUGUGACUGUGUGCACUGUUAUUCUCUAACACGCACUGUAUGUUACAUAGGCUAUGAGAAAUCAAUAGCGUUGAAUGUCGUUCUUAAAGGUAUAGUGUCAGCAGAUUUUUAAAUGAGACUGAUUAAAUUAAUGUUUACUUGUGUUAUGAGAAAUGUAUCGCAACUGGCAAGUCUGACACUGGAAAUAUUUUUUUUUUUUAAAUUGUCAUCAUUAACUCGGCAAGCCCUGAAUGACUUAUUUUCUUCCAUAAAAGUUGACACUUUUGAAUAUUCUGUAUAUUUAGUAUAAUAAAAGUAAAUGGGGAGUAAGGCUGUGAGAAACAUGCCCACAUUUAUGGCCAGCUCUCCUUUCUGUGUUCAGGAGAGUUUAUAA